GCGCGCGCGCGGUGAACCAGAGCUCUACCCUCGGCCGGCCCGCGGCCUGCAGCUCGGCUUGGAACUCGGAUCACGGAGCCGCCGGAGAGCGGGGAAGAAGAGGAAGGGCCACGAUGGAAGUGUGAGGAAACUGAGGGAGACGGAGGUCAAGUGACCCGCCCGAGAUCACACAGCUAGUAAACGUCUGAGGCGGUAUUCGGAGCCGGCUCCUCCAGUACCGUGUACUUUGCUCCUUUGGCUGCGCCGUGCUGGCUGGUGGUUUCUUCCAUGAAGAGCAACAUGCGUGUAUGUAUGAAGGAUGCCAACGCUGCUCUGCUCAGCAAUUAUGAGGUAUUCCAGUUACUCACUGAUCUCAAAGAGCAGCGGAAAGAGAGUGGGAAGAACAAACACAGCUCUGGUCAGCAGAACCUGAACACCAUCAUGUACGAGACGAUGAAGUACCUGUCCAAAACGCCCUGCAGGCACCAGAGCCCGGAGAUCCUCAGGGAAUUCCUCAUAGCCAUGAAAAGCCACAACUUAACCAAGGCAGAGAAGCUGCAGCUGCUGAAUCACAGGCCCAUGACUGCCGUGGAGAUCCAGCUGAUGGUGGAGGAAAGUGAAGAAAGGCUGACAGAGGAGCAGAUCGAGGACCUCCUGCAGACUGUCACCAGCAUCCUCCCCGGGGACCCUGAAGUGGAGCAGAAACCCGAGGACAUGGCAGUGGAGGAAGGGGACCCCGAGUAACCACGAGCCCCAGGACUGGGCUCCAGACAGAGAGCGGGCUAAGCAUCUAAAGGACAUCGGCUUAAUCUGUCCACUAUAGAAGCUCCUUCCCCGUCUAUCAGGAAGCCCUCCCCUGUGGAGGACCAUGGUGGUGAGGGCAGCCAGCUGAGAAGGGGAGGAUGAGGAAGGUGGGGGACAGCUGGGGUGGGGGAAGGGUGGGAACCAACCCGUCAACCCUUUUGGGUCGAAAGUUCUUUUUCUCUCGUUCUAGCCCCAGCUGUGAGCAUCUCCCUCUCCCAGCUGGUGGGGUCCUGCCAUCCUAAGUGCUUUCAUAUGUCUCUCUCCCCCAAAGGGGCCUUCUGUCCAGCUCCACUUCCAAGCACUGAAUAGGGGAGCUGUAUUUCUCUCUGGGCUAUUCGGGUGGGUUAUAUCAUUGUUCUGUUAGAAAACCAUAAAGAAAGAAAAGAAGCGAAUAAUUUUUUUAAAAAACGUUUUUCCCAGUUUGCCAGUUGAAUGAAUUUAGCGAGCCUUUUUCUUAAAUUCAUUUUAUUAAUAAUGCCCCUUGUCUCAAGAUCAGGGGUCCUUCAGUGGAGGCAGCUAUGGCUUAGUGGCCUGGGUUCCAGUCCGGUCUCUGACACAUGCUGGCCAUCUGACCCUAGGCAAGUAUUUAACCUCCCACUGCCUUAGGCCAUUCUCUCAGACUGUAAAUUGCAUUAGCAUGGGAGGAUUCCUUCUAUCAGUGAAAUCUCCAAUCUCAUUUCUCUCCUUAUUUUUUAGAGCUCUGCAAUCCAAGGUGGAGCCUUUUCUUUUCGGUUUUUGGGGUUUUUUCUGGUUAAAUUUUAUUCAGUUAACAAGCAUACAUUUUCUCUGCCCCUCACCUCUCAAAAACGCAAGACAAAAUCUUUGUAACAUAUAUGCAGAACAGAUUCCUACACUGGCCACAUGACCAAAAAUGUGCCUCAUUCUGCAUAUUGAGGACAUCACCUCUCCGUCAGGUGGGCAGUGUUCCUCAGCAUUAGUCUGAACCUUCUCUUUUAACAACAAAACCCAAUUAAAUAGGGGCAGCUAGGUGGUGCAGUGAGCAGAGCACUGGCCCUGGAGUCCGGAGGACCUGAGUUCAAAUGUGGCCUCAGACGCUUGACACACUAGCUGUGUGACCUUGGGCAAGUCACUUAACCCCAAUUGCCCUGCCUUCCCCCCUCAAAAAACCCCCCCAAAACCCCAAUUAAAUAGAAACAGCUGGAUCUUGUGACUAUAUCUGGCAGUGAAUCCUGUUACAUCCCGUCCUGAAUGUGACUUAACUGCAGGAAACCUUUAUCUAGAGAGGAACAGGGAGGGGAGGACCCCACCAAAUGGCCCUUGGGGUCUAAAGGACCCUCCCUCCUGUUCCUGGGCCUGAUUUAAAAUCUGUACCUUUCCUGUCCUACCCCAGGCUCAGGGAGUUUACAACCCCAGCUAAUGGUUCCCUCCAUUCACCACAAAUGGAUCAUAGAUUUGGAGUCAUAAGGUCCACAGAGGCCAUCCACUCUGGCCCCUUCAUUUGACAGAGGUCUUCGUUUUACUAAGGCCUAGAAAAGCGAAAUUACCGGCCCCAGGCUAGAGAAAAGUAUGAAGAGGCAGAGCUGGAAUUUGAACCCAGGGCCUCUAACUCAGAUCCAUUUCUUUCCUCUGCUUCUCCAGUAGGUAAAUUAAAGGUGAAAAGAUAGUUUUCAGCUUAAGAGCCAGUCAUAGGGGUUGUAGAAAUUAGAGCUGGGUAGGGCCAUAAAGCUCCUCUGGUUUAAGCUUGGCCCCAAAGAAGAGAAAAAAUGCGUCUCUUGCCAUCCUUGGCAGAGGUGGGGGGCUGUGGGUGUGGAUCACUGCAUACAUUGUCAGACUUGGUUGAAGUGUUGGUUAGUUUUGGGAACUGCUUUUUUUUGCUUUUUUAAUUUUUUUUUUUUGUGUGUGAGUAAUGGCUUGCUGGGGUGGGGAGGAAGGUGAGAAAUUUAGAAAGGAAGAUUAUGUAAAAGAAAAAGAUAAGUAAAAGUUUUUU